AUGCAUUAUUUGCGAGCUGCACUUUCUGGCGAAGCAGCUCGCCUCAUAUCAUCGUUCGAGAUUUCCGCUAACAAUUAUCUCGUAGCGUGGAACUUGUUGAAAGAACGCUUCGAAAAUUCAAAUUUGCUGGUAAAGCGGCACAUGUCUGCAUUACUUACGAUUCCUACUCUGAGAAAAGAGUCUGCACAGGGACUUGCAGAUCUUGCUGAUGAGUUCCAUCGUCACGUACAGUUGCUGGAUAAACUCGAAGGUGCUGAGAAUCAUUGGAAUUCCUUUCUAGUUGAAAAAUUGAGCCAAUGUCUUGAUGCUGUUACACUCCGUGAGUGGGAGACACUUGUUUCCGAUGAAGAAGACUACCCGAAGUACAAAGACCUGCUCGAGUUUAUCCACAGAAGAUCGCGGAUAAUCCAAACGCUUAAGCUCUCCCAAUCGGCAAAUACCCAAUCCGACAUAAGGCAAACCAAAUCACGUUCCGUCGUCUCACAUGUUGUUUCUGACAAUGUGCCCAAGUGUGCUAGCUGCAAGCAGGCACAUUUCCUGUUCCAGUGUGAACAAUUCCGAAUGCUCUCCCCCCAACAAAGGUUUGAAGUCACGAAGAAGCACGGGCUGUGUAUUAAUUGCUUGAAAGGGACGCAUCAAGCAAAGAAUUGCUCCAGUGGUUCCUGCAAGAAUUGCGGCAAGAAGCAUCACUCGAUGUUACAUUUGCCACCUCUCUCGUCGGCUUCUGGUUCACAACCAGUGGCAACUACAAGGCAGCUAGUAGCUGCGAACAAACCCGCUGAAGCAAACACUUUGGCGCCUCGUCAAUUGUCGCAUUUCGUUCCGAAUCAUAUCGAAAGCUCUACGUCGGAAGUGCCCGCGGUCGCCUCACCACCUGUCACGUCUUCGUUUCGUUCGCAGUUGUCGCGCGGUCAUCCUUUCCCAAAUUCGUCGUUUACGUCGGUUGAUUUCGUUUCUCCAUCCACCUCUUGUCAAAGUGCAGAAGUGAACACCCAAUUCUGGCAGUCAACGGUUAUUCUGUCAACAGCAGUGAUAAAGGUGAAAGAUGCAGACAACCAGUACGUUCACGCCAGAGCCCUGUUAGACAGCGGUUCACAGCCAAGUUUUAUUUCCGAAGCAUUAUGCCAAAAGCUUCGUUUGAAGCGGACCAAGUUGAAUUCGCCAGUUAGUGGCAUCGGACAAUCCGUCGUCAACGUCCGCUACGCUGUGAAACUAUCGAUCGCUUCUCGUUUUGAAUCCUUCAACGCCGAACUGGACUGCCUCGUGCUGCCGAAGCUUACCGUCUCGCUGCCGGGACACCACAUUGAUAUCUCUCGCUGGAGGAUCCCAAGGCAUCUCCCACUCGCUGAUCCACAAUUCAACAUCAGUCAAGGUGUGGAUAUCAUUAUUGGAGCUGCUCUGUUCUUCGAUCUUCUCCAACACGAGCAGAUAUUUAUCACUCCUGGUUAUCCUAAGCUACAAAAAACAGUUCUGGGAUAUAUCGUCUGUGGAAAACUAGAACAGCCAAUGAAUGAAACCACAAAAACGCAGAUUUGCCACAUUGGUGUCGAAGACAGACUCGAUACGCAGCUUCAGCGGUUUUGGGAGAUUGAAAAUUUUGAUGAUGGUAAGGCUUUAACUCCAGAUGAACAGCUUUGCGAAGAUCACUUUCAAACUACCGUCGCUCGUGAUGAGACAGGCCGAUACGUCGUACGUCUUCCACUCAAGGAAGAGAAGGUGUCGAUGCUUGGAGAUUCGUAUACCUCGGCGCUCCGGAGAUUCCAACACAUGGAGAAAAGAUUUGUCGCAGAUGAAGAUCUCCGUCGCAGUUAUACAGAGUUCCUGGAGGAGUAUGAGAGGUUGGGUCACAUGGAGCUGGUUUCCGUCGCGCCGCGUAGCUCACAGUUUUUCCUACCCCACCAUGCCAUCCAGCGCCCAGACAGUACUACCACCAAAACACGUGUGGUAUUCGACGGUUCCUGUCGUGGAGCAGCCUCGCUAUCGCUGAAUGAAGCACUCUACGUCGGACCAACGGUUCAGCCAACCCUCUUUUCUAUCGUCGUUAAUUUCCGUCUGCCACGAUUUGUCAUAACAGCUGAUGCAGAAAAAAUGUUCCGGCAGAUAUGGAUCCAUCCCGAUGACCGGCAAUUUCAGCAAAUUCUCUGGCGUGGAAAGCAAUCGGAACCUAUCCGUACUUUCCAAUUGAAAACUGUCACGUAUGGUCUUGCAAGUUCGCCAUUCCAUGCUGCACGCGUGUUAAAACAACUGGCCAUCGACGAAGGACUGCACUUUCCACUGGCGGUACCAGCGAUACUGACAGGUACCUACGUAGAUGACGUCAUCUUCGGACAUGACGACCACGAUACAAUGGUCGAAACAUGCAAGCAGACGGAAAUUAUGAAGUCCGCUGGUUUUCUACUUCGAAAGUGGGCUUCGAACUAUUCAACAGUUCUAAGCAACGUUCCCGAAGAGUUAUGGGAGACUUCCGCAGAAUUAGAGAUCGAUCGUUCGCAGGCAGUUAAAACCUUAGGGUUGUUGUGGUUCCCCCAGCGGGACGUAUUCAAAUUCAAAGUUCCUGCUCUCCCAGAACUGGAUAUCGUGACUAAACGAAUUGUGGUUUCCGAGAUGUCUCAACUUUUCGAUCCACUCGGGCUCCUCGGACCAGUGGUAGUGAAUGCCAAGAUGUACAUUCAAUCUCUCUGGGCAGCUGACUUGUCGUGGGAUGCUGAGCUUGCAGAAGACGCAGCAGUGUGGUGGAAAAAGUACCGUAAAGACAUUACAGAGCUUCAAUUGUUGGAAGUUCCACGACGAGUUCUAUGGAACACCAAUAGCAAUUACUCGAUUCAUUGUUUCUGUGACGCCUCGCAAAAGGGAUACGGAUGUUGCGUCUACAUCGUAUCAAUGGAUGAGCUAGGCCAGCUCCAUUCACAUCUACUCACGUCAAAAUCUCGCGUAGCACCGCUCCGUGGACAGUCGAUUCCACGCUUGGAGCUCUGUGCAGCUCUCCUCGGAAGUCAACUGGUUCACAAUCUUUUGACUAAUACUAACUUGACCGCUUCAGUUACGUUUUGGACAGACUCAACAGUCGCACUUCACUGGAUCAAAUCCAGAUCGAAUACCUGGAAAGUUUUUGUAUCAAAUCGGGUUGCGGAGAUCCAACGCCUGACGAACGGUUCCAAAUGGAUGCAUGUACCGACCGAUCUGAACUCUGCCGACCGCAUCUCCCGAGGAAUGCUUGCAAGCCAGCUCCUUAACGACAAGCUGUGGUGGCAUGGUCCAGAAUUUCUCACCUCCCCCGUCGAGCGGUGGCCAAAGCGCGAGAUUUCGGAUCCUUCCAAAUCGGAUCUGGAGGAAGAGAUGCGCUCACUAGUAUCCCUCCAUGCAAUGCAAGAAAACACUACGAUCUUCAACGAAUUUUCCGAAUUAGCCAAGCUAACACGAUUCGUCGCUUAUACCUUCAGAUUUCGAAACAACUGCAAGCUUUCAAAAAAUCUACGUGUCCUGUCAUCUCUGUCGCAUGUAGAAAUUGACUAUGCACUGAAGUCGAUGAUACGGCUUGCUCAACGCCUAGAAUUUCCAACGGAAGUUCGUCUGUACAGUCGAAACAACUUGGAGAAUGCUGUCAAAAUCGCACCGAAAUCACCGCUCAAGAAUUUGAAUAUUUUCAUGGACAAAUUCGGACUUCUUCGGAUUGACGGACGUUUAAAGAACUUAAAUGCACCGUUCGAUACUCGUCAUCCGAUUUUACUGCCAGCAAACCACAAACUUAGCUGGUUGAUAGCUAGGUCCAUACAUCUACAAACACUCCACGGUGGACCUUCGCUGUUACUCGCCACAGUUCGUCAACGGUUUUGGCCACUCCGGGGUAGAGACUUGGCUCGUAGGGUUGUUCGUCAGUGCGUCACCUGUUUCCGAUGCAAUCCUACACUAGCAAAUCAGAUCAUGGCUCCUCUUCCAUCAGUUCGCCUCAAGCCAGCCCGAGCCUUUACAUACUCUGGGAUGGAUUACUGUGGGCCGUUUCUCGUACGUCCGCUGAUUGGGAAAGGUUCGUCGGUAAAAGUUUACGUAUCGUUGUUCGUUUGUUUGGUGGUGAAGGCCGUACACCUCGAGGUCGUGUCGGACUUGUCGACCGCCGCGUGCAUCAACGCCGUCAAACGUUUCAUCGCGUAUCGCGGUCGUGUCCUCGAAUUGCAUUGCGACAACGCGACCACAUUCGUCGGAGCGGAUCGCGAGCUGCGCAAGCUACGAAAGGAGUUUCAACAACAAUUCAAGUCCAAAGAAUGGGGCGAGUACUGCACAGGGAAUGGCAUCACGUUUCGCUUCAUCCCUGCCCGCUCUCCACACUUCGGAGGCAUCUGGGAAAGCGGAGUGAAAUCCUUUAAGUACCAUUUUCGUCGCAUCAUGGGACAGAAGGCCUUCUCCAUGGACCAACUCCUUACUGUCGUAGCACAGAUUCAGUCCGUCCUGAACUCCCGUCCCCUCGUUUCCAUGUCCGACUCCCCUGAUGACCUAUCCGCUCUGACUCCAGGGCAUUUCUUGAUUGGGGAGCCUCCUGUCUCCAUUGCUGAGCCGGACCUACUUCACCUGUCCCCUAAUCGCGUCACCCGUUUGCAGGACAUGCAACGCUCUGUUCAGGACCUGUGGCGCUGCUGGUCACGAGACUACGUUAGCCAACUACAACAGCGCAGCAAAUGGAGGCGCCCAUCCGUAGACAUUCGUAAGGGUCAACUAGUACUGCUGAAGCUCGACAACUACCCGCCUCUACAAUGGCCCCUCGGGCGCAUCAUCGAAACUUUCACCGGUUCGGACGGUUGUUGUGGUUAG